UAGUCUUCUCUACCUUCUUCUUAGUCAUUUAACAUUACCAAGAAGCAUCCUUAACACAAAGAAACAAAGAAAAAAUAUUAACAUGACUCAUCACCAACUUGAUGAUCAUCAAAUGGUUAUGAUCUCUCAAUACCAUUCUGGUAUCAACACCCAACUAGCACAAGGUCAUCAAGGAGAGGUGAAACCAUCGCGGAGAAGGAAGAAGAACAAAGGUGAAACGAGCAACAAUGGAGUAGUGAGGAAGAGGAAGCUUAGUCAAGAACAAGUUAACCUUCUUGAACAGAGUUUUGGGGACGCGCACAGACUAGAUAUGAAGACCAAGGCCAAGCUUGCUUCUGAGCUUGGCCUUGACCUUCAACAAGUCACAGUGUGGUUCCAAAACAAGAGGGCUAGAUGGAAGAACAAAAAACUCGAGAACGAAUAUUCUAAGUUGAAGUCUCAACAUGAGAUUACCAUAGUUGAGAAAUGUCGUCUUGAAACUCAGAUUUUGAAGAUGAAAGAGCAAUUGAGUGAAGCAAAAAAGGAGAUACAAAGGCUAUUAUUGGAUACUAAUUGUGCUAGGGUUUCAAGCAAUAAUAAUAGCCCAAUUACUACUUCUUCAUCAAUAAUUUCAAUGGAGCAGCAAUAUAUUUUGGAGGAUUUUGGAAUGGAGGGGAUAUUAAUGGAUAACAAUUUAUAUUUUGGUUGUUGAUCAAAGCAGUUCGAUGCACAAAACAUUUCAUAUUAAUAUAAUUCAGAAAAGGAUCGUGUCUCAAGAGGUGUGAUAUGUGAAUGAAUUAAAUAUAUGUAUAUAUAUGAUUAAUUUUUAAUUAGAUAAGCUCCACCAUGUAUAUAGUAAGAUAGUAUAACCCAUACACCUAUGUAUGUAUAC